AUGCCAGACAACAGUGAUAGCCAAAACAAAUCAGAGGAGCAGGCAAAUCUGAGUGAGGGCACUAGUCCCUCCAGAAGUUAUGAUGAGGGUAGCAAAAGCACCCCAAGCAACCUGCCUAAGGCUGCAACCAGGCAGAGGAAGAAGAGAAACUCAGAAUCUGAAGAUGAAGAUUUUGUGGUGGAUGAGAAGGUCACUUCAAAGAAGAAAGUGAUCAAGAAAGAGCAAGUUGUUGCUGCUGCUAUCAAGCCUGGUAUGAAGGUGAAGGCUUUUGUAAGAAGGAAGCCCAUGUCCAAAGUCAGAGCCUCCACUCAAGAAACCAUGAAGUUCACUUUGGAACAAUCAAAUGAUGAUGAGGCUCCUGGCAAGAAGAAGAAGAGGGCAAAAACCACAACUGCAAAGGUGCUUGGAAGACCUGCCAUGGUGGAAAAUGAAGAUGAGGAGGAAGAAGAAGCUGCUGCACCACCUCCAAAGUCUCAGAAACUUAUGGGAGAUGCUAUCAAGUCCAGGGCUGCACCAUCUAAGCCCAAGACAGCUCCCAAGGCAUCAGCUCAAGCUCCAAAGGCAACAACACCCAAGAGAUCCACAAGAAAUAUCCCAGCUGCUGAGAAGAACAAGGCCCCAGUGCUAGAGGUUCAAGAGGAUGAAGAGCCACUAGUGCUCAAGAAAUUGAAGCCAAAGAUUCCAGACCAUGAUGACAAUCAUCCAGCUGCUGAAAUAUGA